UUGAUUGUUUAUAUCGAGUUAUACACUGUAUAUAGUAUAAACUUUGACGUUCAAAAAUUUCAAUGGAAGCAGAGGCUGGUACUUCAAAGGAACAAGAUGGAAAUUCUGCAAAUUCUAAUUUACUCGAUACGAUUGAGCAAAAAAUUAUUGCACUAGCACAAGCUAGGCCAAAGGGUAUAUCCGACAAAGACUUAACAACCGAAAUGCCAGACUUACAGCCUGCUCAAAGAGCUCAAAUUAUAAAUAAACUUUUAUCUCUUGGGCAUUUUGAUUUAUUCAAGCAAGGUGGCUCCUUAUUGUAUCGUUUGAAAGAUCCUUCAAAAGCAAAAAUAGCUAAAGGUGCAGAUAACGAAGAAAAAAUUGUAUACACAAUUAUCGAAGAAGCUGGAAACAAAGGCAUAUGGAUUCGCGAUAUAAGAUUUAAGUCUAAUCUAAUGCCAACACAAUUGAAUAAGAUAUUGAAAAGCUUGGAAACUAAAAAGUUCAUUAAAGCUGUUAAGUCUGUGGCAGCUAGUAAGAAAAAAGUGUAUAUGUUAUACAAUUUAGAACCGGACACAUCUGUAACUGGAGGUGCUUGGUAUCAAGAUCAGGAUUUUGAAGCAGAAUUUGUUGAUGUUCUCAAUCAACAGUGUUACAGAUUCUUGGAGAAGAAACGAGAACAAAUGAGUGCUUGUAAGGGUGGACCAAUUGCAGCUAGAAAUGUUACAUUUGCUUCUUCUAAAGAAGUGUGGAAAUUUAUUUCUGAUUUAGGAAUAAGCAAGGUAAAAUUAUCAGUUGAAGAUUUGGAAAUGAUAUUAAACACUUUGGUUUAUGAUGGAAAAGUAGAAAGGACUCUUUCAGGAGAUGGAAGUAAUUUAUACAGAGCAAUAGAACCAUUAUUAAGUUCGCCUGGAUUAAUUAAAUCUGUUUGUGGUGUUUGUCCUGUGAGGAAAAACUGUUGCGAUGUCGGUGAUGUUACACCUACAAAGUGUCAAUAUAUAACAGAAUGGCUGGAAUAAUGUUCUUCAAUAAAGAAUAUCAAUUCGAAAUAAUCAUUCGCCCAUUUUUUAUAUUGUUCAUCACUCAUAUUCGAGUACUUGGUACAUGUAUGUUUGCACACUAUUCUGAAUUGUAUAAUUAUAUCAUACAUAUAUACG